GUGGUGCGUUUAAUUCAUAUUUGUUUUCAACAGUAGCGUUUAUAAAUAAUUCAAUUAAAAAAUAGAUACAAUACAACAACAUGGCCAAUGUUGAAUCAAUGAUUGUGGAGGAAAAGACGCAGGUCAAGCAAAUCGAUCGCGAGAAGACCUGCCCGCUGCUGCUGCGGGUAUUCUGUUCCACGGGCCGGCAUCAUUCUGUCUCGGAGUACAUGUACGGCAACGUUCCCACCAACGAGCUGCAAAUCUACACCUGGCAGGAUGCGACGCUGCAUGAGCUCACCUCGCUUGUGCGAGACGUGAAUCCAGAUACGCGGAAAAAGGGCACCUACUUUGACUUUGCUAUUGUGUUUCCCAAUUAUCGCAAUAAUCACUUUCAAAUGCGCGAAAUUGGUGUAACCUGUACAGGCCAGAAGGGCAUCGAUGACAACAAGACGCUUGCUCAGGCAAAGUUCAGCAUUGGUGAUUUCCUGGAUAUAUCCAUAACGCCUCCAAAUCGCAUGCCGCCAACGCGACGUCAGCGCCCGUAUUAAGUUGACGAAUUUUACAGGCUAUUCAUAUAAUUUCUCACUUUAAACUUUACACACGAUAAUAAUAAAGUACAGACGUAAUUACAGAUUAGUACAAUUAA